AUGCCUUGGUUCGAUGUAGUCUUGGACAUGGUUCCUGAUUUUAUGCACGGCUGCUUAUUGGGAGUCACCAAAACCCUCCUUUACAAAUGGUUCUCAGCAACUAACCACAAGAAGCCAUACUUCAUUGGAGGACAGGUACUGCAAUGAGACCAUCUUUCACCCUUCAUCUUGGUGCUGAUUUGCAGCUUUUUCUAAGUUUGGAUUGUUAUGCAUUUGUUUUCUUCCUUUCCGGAGGCUCCUCAUACACAUUUGCACAAAAUGUUGAUAGAGUUGUACAUGUAUGAUUUUGAUUCUGUGUUUUUUAUCAAUGCAAAUUAUUUUGCCAAGUACAUUUCUUUUAAUUGGGUAUUUACUUUAAAGAUUAAUUUCUGAAAAUUAUUGCAUUGGCUGUAUGCCUUCAAAGCUUUGAUGUUCCUUUUUAAACAUCUGAGCUUUAAAUUACCGGUACUUAGUCCGAGAGUAACUUUGUAAUAACAACUUUCUCACAGAUUAAACAUGUCAACAAGCGGAUACUGCAGAUGAGACCUCCAGACUUUCUUACCCGCCUGCCACGAGACACAGAGAAGCAUUUCAAAAAUUUGAAAGGUGUGUUCAUCCUCUGUAAUUAUAGGUUGUUUUUAUUUUAAAUUGAGACUUUUGGGACUAAUUAUUUGGACUCAUUUUUGUUGCAGCAUCUGAGUUACAGUCAUGGCUUCUGUGUUAUUCACUUCCAUGUUUAGUUGGUUAUCUUGCUGACAAGUACCUUAUCCAUUUUGCACAUUUGGCAGAGGGCAUCUCUAUUCUUCUUGUUGAUGCCAUAACACCCUCACAGCUUGGUAGGGCGCGUGACCUCCUACAGGCUUUCUACAAAGAUUUUCAAGCUUUGUAUGGUAAGGAAAAGGUUUAUUUUCUCUUGUCAACUGCCAAGUAUAAGGAAUUAAGUUAAUUUAAUAACUGCUCUAAAAACCGAUUCAAAACAAAAGUAAGAUUAUAUUAUAGUUCAAGUGUUUAAGUAUAAUGUAGGUGAAGGAAAAAGACGCAGUCUCUUUUUGUGUCUCACGCAAGUGUUUGAAUGAGCAACAUGCAUGUGGGAUCAUGUAUAUGAAUAAACGUAGCAAUAGGAAGUGAAAUAAUUUUAAAAAAAAAGGUGGAAUAAUAUUAAUAUUUGAAAUGUAUAGUGUCCUGCUUUCCAUGUGCAAAGUCAUAAGAAAAAAAUAUAGGUUAUUAAUAUGUUAUAAUCCAGUUUAGUAUCAACAUAAGUCAUUACAGUAUUACAACUUCUAUAACUGUAGAUGACAAUGCAUCAGGAAAACAUAAUACAUGUUUUCUUUCUGUGCAUAGCAGAGGCCAUGUAAUUAAAAAAUAUGUACUGUGUUUAUUACCCGCUGUUAUUUUGAAUGAUGACACCGAGAACUACUGAAAAUGCUCACAAAUAAAGGUUCACAUUUUAUCUCUAAAGGAGAGGGCAGUUGUGGUCUCAAUGUUCACAGCACUGGAGCUCAUUUAGUGGAAUAUGUUGAAGGAUGGGGACCUCUGUGGGCAUGGUCCACAUUUGGCUUUGGGGAUAUGAAUGGGACUAUUAUGGAUUUGACACAUGGCACAGGAAAUGUUUGUAGACAGGUA